AUGGAAUCUAAAUCUUGUUCUGGUUCGAAAGAAAAUAUUUCUGCAAAUAAUUUUAGUGAAUCUCCAAAGAUUUUUUAUGAUCUUCCUGAGUGUGGUACACAUGGAACUUCUCCUUCGCUUUUUAUUCCUGAUGAUAUAAUGGAUGAUUCGAUUGAUGAAUGGAAAUUUAGUUUAAUUGGUAGAUUGGAUCUUGUAACAUUAAAAUUUAAGAUUGCAGAAUCAACUCUUAAAAGGCAGUGGAAAUUAAAGGGUUAUGUCCAGCUUAUUCCUCUGGGUAAAGGAUAUUUCAUCAUCAAAUUAGAUAUUGAAGAGGAUAAAAUGUAUAUUCUGGCUGGAAAUUGGAUUGUAGAAGAACAAAAUCUCUCUUUUAAGAAUUGGGAGCCAAAUUUUAAUCCUGCAGCACAGAAAUCUACUUCAGCAUAUGUUUGGGUAAAUUUUCCUGGUCUUAGUAUUGAGUACUGGAAGGAGAAGAUAAUUAUGCAAAUGGGUAAGGCUAUGGGUAAACCAAUUAAGGUUGAUGAAACAACACUGAAGAAGGAAGCGGGUUUCUAUGCAAGUGUUUUUGUUGAGAUUGAUCUAACUAAGGCGAUUCCAAGUAAAAUUUGGUUUGAAUCUAAAUAUGGUGGGUUUUAUCAAGCAAUCCAAAUUCCUAAUUUACCUAAAUUUUGUAACCAUUGCCAAACAAUAGGUCAUUAUGUUGCAGAAUGUAGAAAUAGGAGAAAGGAAUAG